AUGGCAACGCUCCAUGUUUUAUUACUAUCAAACAAUCAAAUACAUACCAUCGAAAGAGGGGCUUUCCAAGAUCUGGUGGCGGUGGAGAAGCUACGGCUAAACAACAAUCAGAUACGUCAUCUGCCCGAUCUUCUCUUCAGCAACAUGAUGAAUUUAAAACGCCUAGAUCUUAGCCACAAUCAGAUCGCCACUAUAGGACCGAAGACUCUCAGAGGAGUGUCCGCUCUCAGACAUUUACUACUUGACAAUAACGUAUUGACCUGUGUGGAUGAGGCUUCUAUACGAGAAUUGAAAGAUUUGGAAAUAUUAAUGCUGAAUAAUAAUAAACUUAUAACGCUCGGCAAGGAGAUGUUGAACGGCUUGUCGCAUUUGCGAACUUUGAAGCUUGCGGAUAACGCGUUCGCUUGCGAUUGCCAUUUAGCAUGGUUAUCGCGUCAUUUGAAGACUUAUCCUCGCCUAGGGCAACAUACACGAUGCGCAUCUCCGGCUCAUCUCAAGGAUCGCAAUCUCGCCGAUGUGCAGGAGCACGAGUUCAAGUGUUCGGGCCUGGUCGAGCGAACGGGAUCGGAAUGCAGCGCUGAGCCCCAAUGCCCGCAUCCUUGUAAAUGCGCUGAUGGGAUCGUCGAUUGCAGAGAGAACUCCUUGACGAAAGUGCCAACCCACCUUCCCGAGGACACCACUGAGUUGCGGCUGGAACAGAACGGCAUUACGGAAAUUCCACCAAAGGCUUUCUCGCCAUAUAGAAAAUUGCGAAGAAUUGACCUGAGCAACAACCAGAUAAAAAAGGUAGCAGCUGAUGCUUUCCACGGAUUGAAGUCCCUCGAAUCGCUGGUUCUGUAUGGCAAUAAAAUUACUGAACUACCAGCUGGUCUUUUCCAAGGCCUUACAAAUCUACAAUUAUUGUUACUGAAUGCCAAUGAGAUAUCAUGCAUACGAACAGACCUGUUCAAAGACUUAACCAGUCUCACCUUGCUGUCUUUGUACGACAACAAUAUACGUUCGUUAGCUAACGGGACUUUUGCCAAUCUGCGGAGCAUUAAAACACUGUUUGUAUUAAUUCACAGACAUUUGGCGAGGAAUCCGUUCAUCUGCGAUUGCAAUCUACGCUGGCUGAGCGCGUAUCUUCACGCGCAUCCUAUAGAGACAUCCGGCGCUAAAUGCGAAACGCCAAAAAGAGCGCAGAAACGGAAGAUCGAUUCGAUGCGGGACGACAAGUUCAAAUGUAAGGGUGACGAGGAACUGCUAACAAAAAGGGCUGGCGAGUGCAUUCUGCCUGGUGCUUGCCCCGCGCAGUGCACAUGCAACGGCGCGACAGUCGAUUGCUCUAACAAGAGAUUAACUGCAAUACCAAAGGAUUUGCCGCUUUACACGUCGACUUUGUUGUUGAGCAACAAUGAACUGGACAAGAUCAAAGCGGACGGCCUUUUUGAGAAGUUGCCGGAGCUGCAGCAUCUGGAUCUUAGGAAAAAUAAAAUCUCCCGCAUCGAGGCGUCUGCCUUUCAAGGAGCUCACAAUCUCACCGACCUGCUUUUGUCCGAGAAUAGGCUGCGAGAAGUGCACAACAAGAUGUUCUCCGGCCUACCGAGCCUUAAAACACUGAAUCUCCAUGGUAAUUCCAUUACAUGCGUUAUGCCAGGGUCGUUCGACGGAAUGCCGCACAUACGCGCCAUCAACAUGCAAGGUAACCCGCUAUCGUGCAACUGCUAUCUCGCGUGGUUCGCCGGAUGGUUGAGGAAACGAGAUAUAGCCGGAAUCACUGGUCGUUGUCACGAUCCACCACGAUUAAAGGAUGCCAUCAUCAAGGAUAUUCCGCACCACGAAUUCAAAUGCAACAACGACAGCGUGGGUUGCCUAGGCGACGAUUACUGCCCGCCUCAAUGUAAUUGCGCGGGUUCGGUGGUGAGAUGUUCGAGGUCUCAGCUUACAGAGAUUCCACGCGGGAUUCCACCGGAAACCACCGAGCUGUAUUUGGACGUGAACGACAUCAAGACGAUCCAACCGGAGAGGUUGAACCACCUGAGGAUUCUCACCAGACUGGAUCUGAGUAACAACCAGAUCGGAAUGUUGUCCAACGAUACCUUCAGGAAUCUCACGAAGCUGUCGCAUCUUAUAAUCAGUUACAACAAGUUACAGUGCGUACAACGAAAUGCUCUCGCGGGAUUGAAGAACCUGCGAAUAAUUUCACUACACGGUAACGACAUAUCGGUCAUCCCAGAGGGAGCAUUUGAGGAUCUCAAGUCUAUAACACAUCUUGCCCUGGGGUCCAACCCGCUUUACUGCGAUUGCAGCAUGCGAUGGUUGGCCGAGUGGGUGAAGAAAGAUUAUGUGGAGCCUGGUAUUGCCAGGUGCAUGGAACCUCCUGCGAUGAGAGACAAAUUGCUUUUGACAACACCGGCUAGUGCCUUUCUAUGCAAAACCAAGCAGCAGCCAGCCGAAGUCUUGGCCAAGUGCGACUUGUGUUACACCUCGCCAUGCGAAAACGGAGGAUUUUGUGAGGCGCUUCCGGACCGGCAGUUCCGUUGCAAGUGCACGCCAGGAUAUCACGGGGACCGGUGUCAGCAUAAAAUUGACGCGUGCUAUGGAAAUCCUUGCAGGAACUCCGGAACUUGCAAAGUACUGGAGGAAGGAAGAUUCAGUUGCGACUGCGCCCCCGGGUACAAGGGACUUCGAUGUGAAAGCAACGUCGACGACUGUGCCAACAACAGGUGCGCUAACAACGCAACCUGCGUCGACCUCGUACAGGCCUAUCGAUGCGACUGCACCCCAGGAUUCAUGGGAGAAUACUGUGAGGAGAAGAUACCAUUCUGCACAAAGGGUCACGACCCCUGCGAGAACGGAGGCCGAUGCGUCGACCACAAGACCCACUACAGCUGCGAAUGCCCAGUCGGCUUCACCGGCCUCAAUUGUUCCACAAACUUGGACGAUUGUGUCGAUCAUAUGUGCCAGAACGGUGCUACUUGCGUUGACGGCAUAAACAAUUACGAGUGUAAGUGCGCGGCGGAGUAUACAGGGAGAUACUGCGAGGCUGCACCCUCGACAGCCAUGCUGUAUCCACAGACAAGUCCGUGUGCCCACCACGACUGUCAGCAUGGUGCUUGCUUCCAGCCCGCUCCUGCCUCCGCCGCGGACUAUCUUUGCCAGUGCCAUCCCGGCUAUACCGGAAAACGAUGCGAGUACCUGACGAGUCUGAGCUUCGUGGACAAUAGCUCGCUGGUCGAGCUAGAACCGCUACGCACGAGGCCCGAAGCGAACGUGACCAUCAUAUUCACGACCACGCAGGAAAACGGGGUUCUUCUCUAUGAUGGACAAAACGACGGACACAUCGCCGUCGAGCUAUUUAAUGGGCGGGUCAGGGUUUCAUACGACGUGGGUAAUUAUCCUACCUCGACGAUGUACAGCUACGAGAUGGUGGCCGAUGGUAAGCCUCACAUGGCGGAGCUUCUGGCGAUCAAGAAAAAUUUCACAAUGAGGGUCGACCGGGGUUCCGCCAGGAGCAUCAUCAACGAGGGUCCGAAAGAGUACCUCAAGCUUGUCACGCCAAUGUUCGUCGGUGGCGUAGCGCCAGAAGUUGCUAAAGUCGCAUUUACCGACUUUCACCUUAGAAAUAUUACGAGCUUCCAAGGCUGCAUCUCCGAGAUGUGGAUCAAUCAUAAGUUGGUAGACUUCAGCAACGCCGCAAAGAUGCAUCGUGUUACUCCCGGAUGUGCCGCUAGCGAGGAAGAAGCCGAUGAAGCGAGAGAUAUUGUUGAAGCUGAGGGAAUUAACAAUAGUGGUAGUAACGAAGAGACCAUACCACAGGAGCAUAUACCUCGCGAACAUUCUGAUGUCAUCAUGCCGUUAAGUGGAUUGGUGCCUUCACAUGCGUGUAUCGGACAUGAAUGCAAAAAAGGAUCCCAAUGCAUACCGUCGCCUUACGGCAACAGCUAUUCUUGCCGAUGUCAAACUGGCUGGCAAGGACGAUACUGCGAGAAAGCACCAACCUGUCGCAAGGAGCAUACCAGGGAGUACUACAGCGAGAAUGGAUGUCGGAGUCGACGACCUGUGAAGCUUGCUAAAUGUUGGGGAAGUUGCGGCAAUUCCUGUUGUUUACCGCGGAAGACUAAGCGGCGCAAGGUUCGAUUAAUUUGCGCGGACGGCAUGCGGUACACUAAGGACGUUGACCUGGUGCGUAAGUGCACGUGUACUCGUAAAUGUUACUAGCCAGUCGACGCACCGCGGCCCGAGUCUCGUCGGCGCGCAUCGAGACGUAAAACGAGACCGAGAAGAAACCCCCGGAUCCGAAGCAGCACUCCCGAGCAUACUUCCACGUGUCCUCUGAGAUGACGAAAGGAACGACAGCGGGGGCGACGAGGGCAAGCACUACGACGUGCCCUCGGCAUCCCUAUGUGUGAGGCACGUGGAUGAGAAAGUGCGUGAGGAAGUGCAGGCCAAAACUAGAUGGACACACACAUAGCUGGCUCAGUGUGAUAUGUAUUAUUAAAAAAAGAAGAAGAGAGAGGGAGAGAGAGAGAGAGAGAGAGAGAGAGAGAGAGAGAGAGAAAAAGAGAGAAAGCGAAAGAGAGAAAGAAGAAGCAAAAGUAUAUUGUACGUAAUAUAUAGCUACGGACUAUCGAUAUCGAAGCAGUUAAACGUAUACUAGGUAUUAUUCGUAUAUAUAUAUAAUGACCCGAUAUAGGAUAUAUAACGACGAAACGCGGGCGAAAAGAAGGAUGGGCGCGAGCGCGCGCGGACAAUGUGUCCGUUAUAUAUUUGCGAUCGCGGACCGCGCACGCGGGCGCUUGCGUGUUCGUAAUGUUACGCACGAGUGCGUACGAUUACGCCGUUGAUUUAGCGCGGAAUGGACCUAACUGGUAAU